GAGAAAAAAAACGACGGACGUGUUUGUUUUCGCUGCGCGUUACAAAGAUUUUCCUGGCGUUGGCCGAUACAGUCCGCGAGACGGCAAGCUCCUGUCGUUCCUGACGAGAGCAGAAGAAAAACGGUACGGUUGUGUAUUUGCUAAAAAAAAGCACGCUGCCCACGUGCACAGCGUACCGGAUUAGUGUAGUGUUUUAGUGUGUGCGUAUAUAGUGUGAGUGUGCGUGUGUGCGUGUUAGUGUGCUCCCGUAAAACGUCCGAUCCGCCCUUUCCUCCCCCCUUUCCCUCUACUAACCACAGCAAUCAACGUAAGCCUUGGUGUGUGUGUGCUCUAAACCCUGUGUGGCACACACUGCUUGCAAAGGCGAGAUAGAGGAGGAGCAUCGUAGUAAGCGCAGGCACCGGAAGAGCCCCGACCGAAGCUGGAUGCGUCCGAGAUCGGGCUGAGGGAAAUGUCGGCGAACCGUAGCCGCUCGAUGCUAUCGGUCAACCUCGAGGCGGCCGCCAUGGCCAACGAUCCGCUGCGCGAGCUGUUCGAGGCGUGCAAGACGGGCGAUCUGGCGAAGGUGAAGAAGCUGAUCACGCCGCAAACGGUGAAUGCGCGCGAUACGGCCGGAAGGAAGUCGACCCCGUUGCACUUUGCUGCCGGUUACGGCCGACGGGACGUGGUCGAGUUUUUGCUGGCAAACGGUGCUUCCAUACAGGCGCGGGAUGACGGUGGACUGCACCCACUCCACAAUGCCUGCUCGUUCGGGCAUGCGGAUGUCGUGCGUCUGCUGCUCGAAGCCGGUGCCAAUCCGAACACGCGCGACAACUGGAACUACACGCCGCUGCACGAGGCGGCCAGCAAGGGCAAGAUCGACGUUUGCAUCGCCCUGCUGCAGCACGGUGCCGAUCCGAGCAUUCGCAACUCCGAGAACAAGAUACCGCUCGAUCUGGCCGACCCGUGCACACGCCCCGUGCUGACCGGGGAGUACCGCAAGGACGAGCUGCUCGAGGCGGCACGCUCCGGUUCCGAGGAGCGCCUGCUGGAGCUGCUGACACCGCUGAACGUCAACUGCCACGCCAGCGAUGGGCGCAAAUCGACGCCGCUGCACCUGGCGGCCGGGUACAACCGGAUCCGGGUGGUGCAGAUCCUGCUGCAGCACGGUGCGGACGUCCAUGCGAAAGACAAGGGCGGGCUGGUGCCGCUACACAACGCCUGUUCCUACGGCCACUUCGAGGUGACCGAGCUGCUGAUCAAGCACGGUGGCAACGUGAAUGCGAACGACCUGUGGGCGUUUACGCCGCUGCACGAGGCCGCCUCCAAGAGCCGGGUCGAGGUGUGCAGUCUGCUGCUGAGCGAGGGGGCCGAUCCGACGCUGCUAAACUGCCAUAACAAGUCGGCGAUCGAUUCCGCCCCGACCCGGGAGCUGCAGGAGAAGAUUGCCUACGAGUAUAAGGGCCACUGCGUGCUGGACGCAUGCCGCCAGGCGGACAUACAGCGGCUGAAGAAAAACCUCACGACCGAAACGGUCAACUUUGUGCAUCCGUACUCGGGCGACACGCCGGUGCACGCGGUCGCCCAGUCCGUCUACCCGAAGCGCAAACAGGUGCUGGAGGUGCUGAUACGCAAGGGCGCGCUGCUGAACGAGAAGAACAAAGACUUCCUGACGCCGCUCCACAUCGCGGCGGACAACUCGCACUACGAGCUGAUGGACGUGCUGCUGCGGCACGGUGCCAAGGUGGAUGCGCUCGACGGGCUCGGCCAGACGGCGCUGCACCGGUGCGCCCGGGAGGACAACAUCCAGGCCUGCCGGCUGCUGCUGUCGUACGGCAUCGACAUCAGCAUCGUGUCGCUGCAGGGCUACACCGCGGCCCAGCUCGCGACGGAGAACGUGCUGAAGAUACUGCAGGAUCCACCGUCCGACACGGUCGAUCUCGAGUGUCAGCUGCUGGAGGCGGCCAAGGCGGGCGACCUCGACACGGUGCGGCGCAUCGUGCUGUCCUCGCCGAUGACGGUCAACUGCCGCGAUCUGGACGGGCGCCACUCGACGCCGCUACACUUUGCGGCCGGGUACAAUCGCGUGCCGGUGGUUGAGUUUCUGCUCGAGCACGGUGCGGAGGUGCACGCGUCGGAUAAGGGCGGGCUGGUGCCGCUGCACAACGCGUGCUCGUACGGCCACUACGAGGUGACGGAGCUGCUGGUCAAGCACGGUGCCAACGUGAACGUGGCGGAUCUGUGGAAGUUUACGCCACUGCACGAAGCGGCCGCCAAGGGCAAGUACGAAAUUGUCAAGCUCCUGAUCAAGCACGGAGCUGACGUGACAAAGAAGAAUCGUGACGGCGCUACGCCGCUCGAUCUCGUCCGGGAAGGUGAUCAGGAUGUGGCCGAUCUGCUGCGAGGCAAUGCAGCGCUACUCGAUGCCGCCAAGAAGGGCAAUUUGGCGCGUGUACAGCGACUCGUCUCGGCCGACAACAUCAACUGUCGGGAUGCACAAGGGCGCAACUCAACACCGCUGCAUCUGGCUGCUGGAUACAACAACCUGGAGGUGGCGGAGUAUCUCCUCGAGCACGGUGCCGAUGUGAACGCGCAAGACAAGGGCGGCCUGAUACCGCUGCACAAUGCGUCCUCCUACGGGCAUCUGGACAUUGCCGCGCUGCUCAUCAAACACAACACGGUGGUAAACGCGACGGACAAAUGGGGCUACACGCCGCUGCACGAAGCGGCCCAGAAGGGGCGCACGCAACUGUGUUCACUACUCCUCGCCCACGGAGCCGAUCCGUUCAUGAAGAACCAGGAGGGACAGACCAGCCUCGAUCUCGCCACGGCUGAGGAUGUCAAGUGUUUGCUGCAGGACGCGAUGGUCGCCUCCCAGGGCACGGUGGCCGGUGGCACUGCUGCUGGGGCUGGUGCUGGCACCUCGCAGGGAGGCAUCCUGUCGGCCAACGGCACCCUCUUGGCAACGAGCUGCUCGCCAACCACCGAAACAGUGACGCUGCCGACGGGCGCCUCCAUGACACUGUCCGUCCCGGUGCCACAGCUCCCGGUUCGUAGCUGUCUCAGCCCGGCGCAGGGCGCUGAAGCGAACGUGGACGGCAUUGUGGUGGACCACGAUGAUAAGAUGCCGUCCAUACCGUCGAUUGAGUCGUCCGUUUCGGUGUUCCUUACCAGCCUGCAGCUGGAGCAUCUGAUAGAUCUGUUCGAGCGCGAACAGAUCACGAUGGAUAUAUUGGCCGAGAUGGGGCACGAAGACCUGAAGCAGGUCGGCGUUUCGGCGUACGGCUUCCGGCACAAGAUACUCAAAGGCAUUGCGACGCUUCGCGCCACUACAGGACUUGGCCUUACACCGAACCCGGGCACACUGCUGGUGGAUCUUCUUCCCGACGACAAGGAGUUCCUUGCGGUCGAGGAGGAAAUGCAGGCCACCAUUCGGGAGCACCGCGACAACGGCCAUUCUGGUGGCUAUUUCAAUCGUUACAACAUUGUUCGGAUACAAAAGGUGCAGAAUCGGAAGCUUUGGGAGCGGUACGUGCACCGGCGGCAGGAAAUAUCGGAAGAGAACGGACACCAGGCGAGCGAACGGAUGCUGUUCCACGGCUCACCGUUCAUCAACGCGAUCGUGCAGAAGGGCUUCGACGAGCGGCACGCGUACAUCGGAGGAAUGUUCGGGGCCGGUAUUUAUUUCGCGGAGCACAGCUCCAAAUCGAACCAGUACGUGUACGGUAUCGGUGGCGGUAUCGGGUGUCCCACGCACAAAGACAAAUCCUGCUAUCAGUGCCAUCGGCAGUUGCUGUUGUGCCGUGUGGCGCUUGGAAAAUCGUUCCUACAGUUUAGCGCGAUGAAAAUGGCCCACGCACCGCCGGGACAUCAUUCCGUGAUCGGGCGACCCUCGGCCGGUGGUUUGCAUUUUCCCGAGUAUGUCGUUUACCGCGGAGAACAGGCAUAUCCGGAGUAUUUGAUAACGUACCAGAUUGCAAAACCGGACGACGGUGCGAACGGCGAAGAGCCGGCAAGAUGAUGGACGAUCUCUGCCGCUAGUAACAUCAGC